GGCCCGGCCCUGGCCCCGCCCCCGCUCGGGGAGGCGUGUGCUGCUGCUGCUGCUUGGAGAGAGGGAGGAGAGAGAGAGAGAGCGAGAGAGCGCGCUCCAGAGAGGGAGAGAUGGAUGUUGGGGAAGGAAUUCGGGCUUAACAAGUGAGCGCUGCUGUCUAGGAUUUUCAUCCUUUCCCCUCCCUCCCCCCUCUUUUUUUCCCUUCCCUUUUCGUAUGUGUGGUCCUCCAGUUCCCUCCCAGUCGCCUCUGGGAGCGUAGAUCUCCGGAGGCAACUGGACGCCUGGGUCCUUCCCAGGGUAGCAUCAUCCUCCCCCAAGCAGUGCAGCAGCCGGGGCUCCUUUGCCUCUUCCCUCCUAACCCCCGCUCGACCUGAGAAGUCGCUGGCUGGGCUUAUUUUGGUCCUUUCACCUGCCCCACCUGCGCGCUCCUCCCUUUCCCCCAGGAUCCCUCUCCACCACCCAUCCUUGUUGGCUUUUGGAAAACAGGGAGACCCCCCCCCCCAAUCCCCUGCCUGGGAACGGUCAAGUGCAACUUCUCCAUGAUCUUAGCCAAAGAGUGACUCAUCUCCACCCCCGUGUCUUCUAUGGAGACCUCAGAGUUGAGUCUGACAUUGCAGUGGCCUCUUGUACCCUCUGUUGCUCCUAAAGUCUUUGCCUCUGCCCAUCCCUUGCUGCCCCUGGUGUUGAGACACUGUUGAUGGACUGAUGUGUAGGGGGACUUCAAAGUCCUUCUUGCUGAGCUUGAGAAGCAAUGUCAGGACCCACUCCACAACACCCAAUAUGGGUUAAACCCUCCCUGGAAGGCAAAUGUUAAAACUAAAGACUUCUGGUUGCUUAUUUGAGUUCGAUGGACCAAGUUCUGGACAAUUUCCAUGGCAGGAGAAGAGAAUGCAUUUUCUCUGGUGCCAUUACUGGCUGGCUAAUGCUUGUUCUUUCUGAAUCUCAGGACAUCCUUACAGACUGGCUCCCAAACUGUUUUUGUGUUUGGAGUUUGUAAGCAUAAAGGAAUGCUUAGCAAACCCCGUCUUUUCUGACCUAGACUUGAAACUGUUUCUGCUGGAUUCUCCACAGCCAAGGCCAGUGGAACAAUGUGGAACCGGUGAGAAGCAAGUGGUUAGGGAGCAGAUAGAGUGGAAAAUGCAAAGUUGGCCUGGAACUGGAACUAUUGUUCUUCCAAGAAAUCCAUCUAAACCCUCAGAGCUUCCCUGAUCUGGUGAGGACAAGAACAGUGCGUUUCCUCGCUCUCCUUCUCCUCCCCGGGCCAGCCCUCGCACCAAACCAGCACCAUGGAGGUUGCAAUGGUAAGUGCAGAGAGCUCCGGCUGCAACAGCCACAUGCCCUACGGCUAUGCCGCUCAGGCCAGGGCGAGGGAGAGGGAGCGGCUGGCUCACUCCAGGGCUGCUGCUGCAGCGGCUGUGGCAGCUGCCACGGCGGCGGUGGAAGGCAGUGGGGGCUCAGGAGGAGGUAGCGGCUCCCAUCACCACCACCAAACCCGUGGAACCUGCUCUUCCCAUGACCCCCAGAGCAGCCGGAGCAGCAGAAGACGACGGCGCCAACAGCGAACUUCAGAGAAGAAGAGAAUCCAUCACCGGCAGAGCAGCUUCCCUCAUUGCUCCGACCUCAUGCCUAGCGGUUCUGAAGAAAAAAUCCUAAGGGAGUUGAGUGAAGAAGAGGAGGAGGAUGAGGAGGAGGAGGAAGAGGAAGAAGAUGGGAGGUUUUAUUAUAGCGAGGAUGACCACGGGGAUGAAUGUUCGUACACUGACCUGCUGCCUCAGGACGACGGGGGUGGGGGCGGCUACAGUUCUGUCCGCUACAGCGACUGCUGUGAGAGGGUGGUCAUCAAUGUGUCCGGCUUACGCUUUGAGACCCAGAUGAAAACCCUGGCACAGUUUCCAGAGACCCUACUGGGGGAUCCUGAGAAAAGGACUCAGUAUUUUGACCCUUUACGCAACGAAUAUUUUUUUGAUCGGAACCGGCCCAGUUUUGAUGCCAUCUUAUAUUAUUACCAAUCAGGGGGGCGUCUGAAGCGGCCAGUCAAUGUCCCUUUUGACAUCUUCACGGAGGAAGUCAAGUUCUACCAGCUGGGAGAGGAGGCCCUCCUCAAAUUUCGGGAAGACGAGGGCUUUGUGAGGGAGGAAGAAGACAAGGCUCUGCCGGAAAAUGAGUUCAAGAAACAGAUCUGGCUGCUCUUUGAGUACCCGGAGAGCUCGAGCCCAGCGCGAGGCAUCGCCAUCGUCUCGGUCCUGGUCAUCUUGAUCUCCAUCGUCAUCUUUUGCCUGGAGACUCUGCCAGAGUUUCGGGAUGACAAGGAGUCUAUUAUGGCCCUGAGCACCGGUGGGCAGCGGGGGCUGGUGUCCAACGACACCAUGUCUUUGCACCUCGAGAACUCCGGACACACGAUCUUCAAUGACCCCUUUUUCAUUGUAGAGACCGUCUGCAUCAUCUGGUUCUCCUUCGAGUUUGUGGUCCGCUGCUUUGCCUGCCCGAGCCAAGCCCUUUUCUUCAAGAACAUCAUGAACAUCAUUGACAUUGUUUCCAUUUUGCCUUAUUUCAUCACCCUGGGCACUGACCUGGCCCAGCAGCAAGGGGGUGGCAACGGUCAGCAGCAACAGGCCAUGUCCUUCGCCAUCCUGAGGAUCAUCCGCCUGGUCCGGGUUUUUCGGAUCUUCAAGCUCUCCAGACACUCCAAGGGCCUUCAGAUCCUGGGUCAUACCCUCAGGGCCAGCAUGCGGGAACUGGGCCUUCUGAUCUUUUUCCUCUUCAUUGGGGUCAUCCUGUUCUCCAGUGCUGUGUACUUUGCCGAAGCUGAUGAGCCGACGACGCAUUUCCAAAGCAUCCCGGAUGCCUUUUGGUGGGCUGUGGUGACGAUGACAACUGUGGGCUAUGGGGACAUGAAGCCCAUCACGGUGGGGGGCAAGAUAGUCGGGUCCCUGUGUGCCAUUGCAGGCGUGUUAACCAUUGCUUUGCCAGUGCCAGUGAUUGUCUCCAACUUUAACUAUUUCUACCAUAGAGAGACUGAGAAUGAGGAGCAGACGCAGAUGACCCAGAAUGCUGUCAGCUGCCCAUACCUCCCCUCUAACUUGCUGAAGAAAUUCCGGAGCUCCACUUCUUCUUCCCUUGGGGACAAGUCUGAGUAUCUAGAGAUGGAAGAAGGAGUGAAGGAAUCUCUUUGUGCAAAAGAGGAAAAAUGUCAGGGGAAGGGGGACGAGAGUGAGACAGAGAAAAACAAUUGCACCAAUGCCAAGACUGUGGAGACUGAUGUGUGAUGUUCUCCCCCUUCCAAAGUUUCCAAAUCUAUUUAUGCAGACAGAGUGCAGUGAAGAAAUUGAAAUAUGCAAACGAGUCUAAUGCAUACAGUAGUAGGCCAUUUAUUGGUUAAGUGAGACCUAAUUAUCACUAAACUUGUAUUACAUAUCAAGCAGAUGAUAUACCUUGUAGAGGGGGGUGGGCCUAAACGAGAGCAAAUCAAUCUUUAUAUUUUUAUUAGAAUGCAAGAGUUUUGCACAUCAGCUGGAAGAGAUGAUUAAAAAGCCAAGAUCAUUUGACAGGGAGUGUGUGUGUGUGUGUGUGUGUGUGUGUGUGUGUGUGUGUGUGUGUGUGCUUGCCAUCAACAUUGCUAGUAAUUAUUUAAUGAUAGCAGAAAAAAAGUUGGCAUUGGAAGUAUUUACUAUGUAAGAAUGAAUACAGUCAAAUGGUCAUUUACCAAUGCUUUCAUAGCAUCUCUCAGAAAUCAUUGGAUUCCAUAGUGGUUGUUUUUUCCAAAAAUUUGUAUUAAUUGCUGUGUGAACUUAAAGAAGUAAAUUGUUUAACAGAAUAGAGGCCAUGGUUUUAUCCUGGAUUUAUCAGAGUUUAUUUUUAACUGGAAAUUAACUAAAAAAAAAAUAGGCCGUAUGGGCCCGCAGAAAUCAAUUAUUUUUAUUAUUAAUUUUGGGAAGGCAUCAGUAGCAAAUGUUGAUAAAAAUCACAGAGGACAUGGAAUUGGAGGAAAUGUACCAAGCUUGGGACCAUAGAAUAAAGGGACUGGAAUGCUUUUUUUGCACUACUUUAUGCUGGAGAUCGAUCGAACGAGACUUCAAACUGUGAAUGUUUACUAAUGUUACAAUUCAAUGACAAUCAUUGGAAGAAUGAUUUCUGGGUCUUAUUUGAUUGUUCUCCGUUUUUCUUUGUGUGAGACUGUUUGCCACACAGAUAACAGCAUAUUGAUUCCAUCCUCUUUUAAAAGUAUAAAUAACUGUGAUCUGGAAAAGGAAUUGUGAAGUAAAAUCUCGCAAUCAAGCCUUUUGAAA